CUUCAAAAUUGGAGGGAUUGUGAAUUGUGAUGUGAAUUUGGUACCAUCAGAGUGGAUAGCUUGGGGUUCUUGUCUUUUUUCACUUGGCCAUGGCUUCUUUGCAGAAAAUAAGUCCUUUGAUUCCCCCCAAACCCAUAAAAGGGCAUCAACAGUUUCAGCAAAAUCAAGCAUUUUUGCCCUUACCCAUUUCGAGAAGAUCAGCAAUUUUGAUAUCUGUUCUUCCAUUUACCCUAAUUUCAAAUCCCCAAGAGUCCGUCGCAAGAGAAAGACGCAAUAGAAAGGCCAUCCCUCUUGAAGAUUUCCUCACUAGCUCUGAUGGACUGAAAUACUAUGAUGUUGUUGAAGGAAAGGGUCCCAUUGCUGAAAAGGGAUCAACAGUUCAGGUGCACUUUGAUUGCGUUUAUAACAAAAUUACUGCAGUUUCGAGCAGGGAGUCUAAGAUUUUAGCUGGAAACCGCACCAUUGCACAGCCUUACGUGUUUAAAGUUGGAGCUCCCCCGGGAAGGGAACGAAAGCGUGAUUUUGUUGACAACCCCAAUGGUUUGUUUUCCGCUCAAGCUGCACCUAAACCACCUCCAGCCAUGUACACCGUUGUUGAGGGGAUGAAAGUUGGUGGAAAGAGGACGGUGAUUGUUCCCCCGGAAGCUGGGUAUGGCAAAAGAGGCUUGAAUGAAAUCCCGAUGUUGAACCAAAUAGACAUUUCUGAUCGACUUAAGCAACAUUUCAUGCAUGUUGACAUAUAUUUCGUAUGAUUUGGUUGAGCAGCCUGGAGCGACGUUUGAAUUGAAUCUUGAGCUAUUGGAAGUGACACGACCCGAAGGAAAGUAGUUUGCUUUUGGGGAGAGGUUGCAAGGGUAGUUUUGGUAUAAGAGCAAUUUUUUUACCAGAAGGCUAUUUUGUAAAGUGUAUGAAAAGCUUUGUAACAUGAAGUUGUACAUGGCAUUACAUUACAUUACAAAGAAUUAUAUGUAACAUUUGUAUUUAUAUAUCAAUUCCAUUUUGAUUUUGGAAUGC